GCGCAGCAUCUCUUUUGGAGUGGAAUCCUGAACGUUAAACGGCAGAAGGAGGUAGCGAACCAAUGAGUAAGAGCAGGGCGAAAAUCUUACUCAGCUUCCAAGACUUUCCCCCCAGUCUUUCACUCGGACUAGGCUUAGGUCGCUCUCGGUGCCGUAGUCUGGAUGGGCCGCGCCUUGAGCGUGGCAUCUGGUUGGCGCGCCGACUUUCGCACGGACCCGGAAUGGGAAGCAGCAUGUAGUCCUAUGGAAAAAAAAAUGUAAACUAUGCCCCAUAGGGAAUACAGGGCUAGCAGGCUGAAUUGAAUGCAUAGAACUAGUACUCCCUUAGUGUGCAGCAGGAGCGUGUCGACGUCGGGCAGUGGUCCUAGGAGACGUCUAUCAUUUUAUCAACAUUGGCCAUAAUUAAAAAGUCUUUGCUACCUCUCGAAUGGGUACACUACUACUACUACUAACAUGAUGAAGAUAUAGAUGAACAAGAAUAUUAAAGCGUGGACAUAAUAUUUCUACGCAGCUAGCAUUAGCUUUGGAGGAAGAUCCAUCUUCAUCUUAUAUAAGUAAAACAUGUCAUCGAUUUUUGUCAGGCGAGGAAUGACAUCAGGGAAAAUAAAUAUCA